GCAACAUUAUACUACCAAAGUCCGAAAAAAAGCGGGCGCGAGGAGGGAAGACACUAUUGUAUACCGAUCGCGCGCCGGGUGUGAAUGCGCGUUAAACGAGCUGGAUUUAUAAAACUCGCGCUGGGCGCAAAUAUAAACAACAAUAUGCAAUCCCGGCGAGUAUUGUCCAGUCAAUGCGAACUAAUAAGCAGCGGACUCGAUUUCUCUCUACCUACCUACUCUCCUCCUCCUCUCCUCUCUUUCGUCACGCCGAGAUUUUACACGGCCGAUAGCGCCAGCGGCCGCAGAGAGGAGAGACUUUCCUCUAUUGUUAGGCCUCGUGUGUCGUUAUGUAGUCGCAGCGCUAAUCGCAGCACAACUCAAUCUUUUCUAGCCGCGCAGUCUCUAUACACGCGCGAGGAGUUUUAAUGGGGAGGAAAAGCCUAUUCGCAAAAGUCUUAUCGUGCGCUUUGUUUUUCGGCGCGGCGCGGUUAUAUUUACCCGCGGCGCAGAAUGGCUCGUUAAUAAGUUACACGGAGUCAUUGUUAGCCGAGGAAUCUUGUUCGACACGAUGUUGCCGCGGCUGCCGUUUUGUUGCUCUUCCUCUCGGUGUAGGUAUACCGUGUGUUGGGUGCACACGAGAGAUAGAGACUUGAAGGUAGACGCGGGAGGAUUAUGGGUAUACAGAGGGAGAGAAAAUAAAAACAAGUCGCAAUAGAAAAAACGUACGUGUACUCACACUCAAGUCUUCCAUACUGCAGUUCCCGAGGAACAUGAAUGCCUCCGCGCGUCGUUAUCUUCCGUGGAGAAAAUAAGGACACCGCGCGCGCCGCUCUUGACUCUCUUGCUCUCGAUCCUCCUUACAACGCUCGGCGUCCGACGCUCGUCGCCAUCGGAGCAGAGGCAACAACAACAACAACAACAGCAACAACAACAACAACGAGAAGAACGAGGCCAGCCAGUCCACGUGCGCAGCUAACCCACGACAUCGGCUUAUUUACGCGAGAUUUUUUGCGCGGCCUGAAGAAGAUGUCCGAGGGCGGCGUGAGCUUCGAGGAUAUCCUGCGCCACGUCAUGCGGCAUCUGCGAAUGACGGAGACAAAGGCGGCGUUCCGCGUGAAGCAGGUACUGCGAGCCGGCCUCGCCCUCCGGAGGAUCGAGAAAACGGCCCAGGGCAGGUACAGGCUCCUCGCCCCGGCCAAGCCACCUGGCCUCGUAGUCAGGAUCAAGAGCGGCAGCGACGAUAGCUGCAGCGACGCCGAAUAGUGCGAUGGGUGGGGUUAUACCGUCUUCUCCUUCCUUUUCUUCCCUCUUUUUUCUCGUUUUCGGAGAGAGGGAGGUGAGCCCUCAAUUAUCGCGUGCAAAGGAGGCGCCUUUAUCGGCCGCGAUUUAUGGGCCGGCUUAUUGGGCCUUGGGUUAACCACUGCUGCUGCCGGCGCUGCUGACCUAACUUUUUGGCACUCUCUCACGUUUUUGGAGAAAAUUUUUUCGAACAAUAAAGCUGAUUUCGCUCUGAUGA